AUGGCAGCCAUCCCGACCUUGGAGACUGUCCCAGAGCUCCGGCAUGAAGCAAUGACUGGAGAAGAGUUGGCACAGCAAGUGGCCGACUUGAUGGGAAUGCCUGUUGAAGAAGUGAAGGAGAAUGGAGUGCAAUCCUCACUGGUUGCACUGCACCUGGCUGGAAGAGUGCCUGAGGAUCGCGAAGACUUGAUCCGACUGGCGACUGGCGAAUCCAUUGUUCGCCCGACUGCUUUCACCAGAGUGACUCCUGAUCCGACUGCAGGCGGAGUGCUCAUCGCGGAAGUCCCAAUGGAGGACCUGACUGGCCCUCAGCAGAUUGACUCUGCAAUGGGAAUCAGGCCUGGGUCGAAUGGGCCGAAUGUUGCCACUGCCUCGGCAGCUGCAUCUGCCGCGAAUGUUGGGAGACCGAAUGAUCCCCCGAUUGAGACGACUCACCUGAUGUGUGAGAAGGUGCAGCCGCACCGAUUGUCGAGGAAUGGCGCUGUGAACAAUGAAGUGUCUCAUGCCCUGGACCUGAUGGACUGUGGCACCGAAGUGAAGAAUAUUUGGCGACGACUUGAUGGCUACGUCACUGUCGACAGCCAGGACGAGCUUGAUAAGAUUGAGAAUGUGGCGACCAUGAUGGCCAAUCGAAUGAAGGACGCGGCGACUGUUUCCAACAAUGUGAACGAGUGCAUGAUGGAGACUGGCUGGUGGGCAAUGACCAAAGCUGAGCGAAUGUUCCUUACCAAAGGAAAAUGGGAGAUCAAAUGGCGCCUGGACCAGAAUGACAAGGAGAACCUGGUCCACGAUCUGGUUCAUGUCUAUGACUGGAUCCUCUUGCCAGCAAGCAUUGGCGAAAGCUACUAUGAGACUGGCGAGAUUGACCUGAGCCGUUUUCCGUGCCACCAGUUGAAUGGCAGCUUUUGCGCGCUGACAGCAAUGCGCAAGACUGUGCAAUGGUACAGCCAAGGAGUGUUCGACGAGAAUGCCCCGUACGAGCGACUGGUGUUCAUCGUGCGCCGAAGGUCGACUGUGGAAGCCACCCGUGAAUGGACUGGUGUGACGACUGGAGCAAAGAAGAUGAAACUGAACAACUAUUUUAAUAGACAGUUCACUGAUCACAUCAGCACGCAGAAUGGCUUCUUGGUGGAGAAUGAGUUGAAGACUGUUCCAAGCCGCUGGGUCUGGAGUGUGCCGACUGAGGCCUCUCGACUGAGCAUGGGCAUCAUCAGAAUGUCCUUCAAUGAUGCAAUGAGCUACACGAAGACUGGCCCACAGCUCCUUUGUCUCUCAGAGAUGGAGGAAUGGAGCCGGAAUGCCACUAUUCCCCGCAGUGGCCUGAUCGAAUGGAGGCUGAUGGGACACACAAUGGUCCCGACUGCCCAAGCCUAUGGUUCUGGUCUGGAGCAUGACUGCUCCACCUGGGAUGAAAUGUAUGCCGAUGAUGAUGGCGAGGACCAGAAUGCUUGGAAUGCCCCGACCUCCUCGACUGCGGCAUCCAAGACGAAUGCGGGAAUGACCUCGCAGGGAUCAGCACCCGCGACUGUUCUAUCGCAGGUCGCGAAUGCAUUGAACCCUGGCGCAGAAGUGGUUCUUCGCAUGAAUGGGAAUGCCAAGAACCCUGUCCUGAAUGUCAAGUCCGUUAAGAAGUGA